AUGGCUCCUACUGGAACUCAAGAACAAACAGCGCCACUAUCCACUGACUCAAGCAAUCAUCCUCUCUACCUUCACCAAAAUGAUCAUCCUGGUAUUAUUCUCAUUACAAAGAAACUUGUAGGAUCUGAAAACUAUAAUUCUUGGAAACGUUCUAUGACAAUUGCUCUUAGUGCUAAGAACAAACUGAAAUUAGUGAAUGGUGAAUAUGAGGAACCAUCUCCAGAUUCUGAUCUUAGGGCACUAUGGGAACGUGCUAAUGAUAUGGUCAUAUCCUGGAUACUCAACACUGUUUCUGAUGAAAUCAGCAACAAUCUGAAUUUUGUUAGUAAUGCUUGUGCUCUUUGGAAAGAAUUAAAUGAACACUAUUCUCAACUAGAUGGCCAUAGAAUUUUUCAAGUCACACAUGAACUUGUUGAUCUCACCCAACACAAUACCUCAAUUGAAACCUAUUAUCACAAGAUGAAAGGUCUUUGGGAUGAACUUGAUGCUUUGGAGGCACCAUAUCUGUGCACCUGCAAAUGUACUUGUGAAAAUGGAAAAGAACAUGGAAAAAGGGAACAAAGAAAGAAACUGGUUCAAUUUCUAAUGGGGUUGGAUGAAAGCUACACCAACAUUAGGGGACAAAUCCUACUCAUGCAACCACUACCAACUGUUUCCAAAGCAUAUGGUAUGCUUAGGCAAGAAGAAAAGCAGAGAGAAGGUCCCAAAUCCACUCUUGUUACACCAAUUGCACUGAAUACUUUCACCUCUUUACCUAAACCAUAUGCAACAACUCAACUCUCAAAAACUUAUAUACCAAGGACAAAUCUGCAAAUUGAGAGGAGGAGUGUUUAUAAGAAAGGUAUUACAUGUGCUUACUGUCAUAGAGAAGGGCAUACAAGAGAUGAAUGCUACAAAUUGGUUGGUUAUCCUUCUGGACAUCCCCUACACAACAAAUAUCAACCACCACCAACAAGAACUCCAAACACUUACAACAACUCAAACAAAGGCAAAACUAUCAACAUGGUCAUUGCUCCAGAAGACAUACUCUCCACCUCCAAAGAGACUCCUUACACCCUGCCAACUACACCCCAACAAGAUGCAUUCAUGGCUGCUAAGCUUGAUCAGUUGCAGAACCAAAUCAACCAAGUCAUGUUGUUCAUGCAACAAACACAACAGAAUCCUGACAGUCCAGACCUCCAGAACUCCAACAUUGGUACUGCAGGUAUAUUUUCCUUUACUACUAAUUCUAAGCCUAAGUUCAGAUUCAUUGCCUGUUGCCUAUCUAAGUCCAAAGACACCUGGAUUACUGACAGUGGUGCCACUGACCACAUCAGUAAAACUCUCUCAAAUAUGCAUAAUAUACGUACCUUAGACACUUCAAUUGAGAUUUUCUUACCAAAUGGACAAACAACUCUUGUCACCAUCAUUGGCUCUGUCACCAUUAAUGACAAUAUAACUCUUCAUGAUGUAUUCUAUGUUCCUUCUUUCACCUAUAAUCUCAUGUCCAUUAGUAAAUUCCUCAAACCUCACACUUCUAUCACCUUUACUUAUAAUUCUUGUAUCUUUCAGGACCAUGACAAACAGAUUGCUCAAGGCAUCCUUUGUAAUGGUCUCUAUCUCCUCUCUACUGAUGAUUCUUCCUCAAAAGUACAUUCACAGGCAACCAUCUUGAAUGCCCAGAGCAAUGUUCAUCUUUGGCAUGCUAGAUUAGGGCAUUGUUCCUUUCCUGUACUUAAACAAAUAACAUCUCUGCCUGUUUCUGUUACUACUUGUACUCCUAAAACUGUGUGUUCUACUUGUCCUCUAUCAAAACACCAUUUGUUACCUUUUCCAAGUAGCUCAUCUCAUGCUAAAUCUCUGUUUGAACUGGUUCAUGCUGAUGUUUGGGGCCAUACAAACACCCCACCAUUAACAAAUGCAAAUACUUCUUAA